AAAAAUUCAGUCAGUGAUACGCUCUCCACCGCGGCGAUAGCUUACGAAUCACGCAGAUAUCAGCGAGCUUCGCGAAGCGCCAGAUAUCACAUACAUUCUGAGUGUUAUUACAUCACGAGAGUAUAAAAAUCACAAGUGAUCAAGAAACUGCUGAUUUUUUAUAUCAAUCAAUAUCUGUUUUUUGAAUGCAGUAUUCUACUUCAUCAUCAAUACUACUAUAUAUACUGUGUUAAAAGAUUAAGAAAUAUUGUAUGUGUUCAAUUAGUUGUACAAUUAUUAAUAGCGCUCUCAAAAAAUUGUGACACUGUGAUUCUAUAAGUACUGUGCGAUUACAUUCAUCUUUGAAAAAAAUACGAGAAGAAUUUCUGCAUCAAGUACGUGAUCAUUUGUAGCGUGGUGUCACUCUCCGAUUUGCCUGCGUGACGACGCACACGUGUCAGCAGCCUGCGUACACAUAGCUCUCGAGUUUAUUAUUUGUACAGAAGGCAUUUCGAGUGCCGUUAUAAGGAACGAGGUUCUCACUCAACUGCUGCGUAGAUUCACCAAUUCUCGAUUACAUUAAUCAUGGUCGCGGCAGAUGACAAGAUCGUACGCGCGUCGACGCGCGAAACAAUCGAGCUGCACUUCCUGUCUUUUACCUACGGUAUAUACUUGAUAAUUAAACGAUUUCUCAAAUGGAUAUGGGAUCCCAAAAAGUUCUUCAUGCUGCAACAACGAGACCAGCCACCGCCGUGUCUAGUCGAUAACAGCCUCGGCACGCAUUCCUACGUGAAAAUCAAGGGUGUUAAAUUCCAUUACGUAGAAGCGGGAGACAAAAGUAAACCGCUCGUAUUAUUAUUGCAUGGGUUCCCGGAUUGCUGGUUAUCUUGGAGAGAACAAAUUCCAUGUCUCGCAGAACACUACAGAGUAGUAGCUAUAGAUUUAAAGGGAUUUGGCGAUAGCGACAAACCGUUCAACAAACGAUCUUAUAAAGUCGAAAUUUUAAUAAAUGAAUUGAAGCAAUUUGUGUUAACGUUCGGUGUGAAAACGUGUAGUAUAAUCGGUCAUGAUUUAGGAGGACUUUUGGGAUGGUAUAUGGUCGCUUUACAUGGAGAACUUGUUUAUAAAUUUAUUGCUAUUUCAAGCCCGCAUCCCAAUUUCUAUUGGAACAGGAUAUCGGGAAAUUCCGCGUUAGAUGGAAAAUGGAUACAUUUUAGCAGACUACCAUUUCUGCCAGAGAUAGAUGCGCUUAAAGAAGAUUUAUCUAUUAUUAACGAGACAUUUAAGCAUCUUCAAAUAUCUCAGAAUGGCACAGAGAAAAGUUAUGUCGAGGCGUAUAAAUAUGCCUUCAGCAGGAAAGAGGAUUGGACAGGACCGAUCAAUUAUUAUCGUAAUCUUCCGUUUACAAGACUGAAAAUAGAUAAUGGCGCACAAAUUGAUAGCAAGACGCUGCUAAUAGUUGGAAAUAUGGAUCCUUUUGUUACGAUAGAGAGUAUCAUCCAAAGUGCCGAACAUGUAGAAGUAGCUAGAGUUAAGAUCAUAUCAGAGGCGCAACAUUUUCCGCAUCAAGAAAAACCGACCGCCGUAAAUGAGGCGAUUAUUAAAUUUCUGAUAGGUACAACAUGCAACUUACCACCUUCAAAAGUGGCUUCAAAGAGUCUUGUAUACUCCUGGUUAGGAUCUUUAAGUAAUACUGUUAAAUAUGGCAAUCAUAUGAUUGACGCUAUGCAUAAACGAACUAACGAUGUAGUAAAUAUUUUACCCAGCAAAGCACUUUAUUUGGAUCAAACAAGUUAGGUGGAAAGUGUUAUCUGAUAUAUCAAAGUCACAUACUUAAAUUUUGCAACUUAUUCUGAAAAAUCUAAAGAGAUCCUAUCUAUGUGCGUCAAUGCUGAUAAAUCAAUUUCUUAAAAGGCUGAUUUAUGGUCCUAUUUAUUAUUAUUUCUUUUUUAUAUAUAAAUAAAUUAUUACAAUGGGAAUUGCAA